AUGCCGCGGGAACAUACGUACGGGGUCCCUGUGCCAACAACGUUUGGGACGAGACGUGUGCUCAGGUCUGCCUAUUCAAUGAGACGAUCCUUCAAGGCUUUCUACCACGUGUGUCUCAGUGUAGCGAUGGGAGCUGGUGUUGCAGCAAUGAUGCAACAUGCUGCAGCAACAGCCGUGGUGUCUUUCUUGACUCAGAAGGCAAUACUGCCACCACCGAAGCAACGACUACUAUCAGCUACCCUCCAGUGUCGGGAACAGGUCUCAGUCGCUAUCGGAAUCGAGAAGAUCUCCGUUGUUGUCGCGAAGCCCCAACUAAUGCAUAUAUGCUCGAGCUCGACCACCUUAUCCUCUGCGACAUCACUGUCAACAACAUCUGGCAUUUCCUCCCCCACGUCCUCCGCUUCAACAGCCACAGAUACCACUUUCGCCUCGACCUCUUCACCGAAUCAAGAUAACUCCGGCACCAAGGUUGGGCUGAGUGUUGGUCUAGGUAUUCCACUUGCCGCACUAUUGGCGGGAGGAAGUGUCUGGUGUUUCCUCAGGCGGAAGAAACGGCCCCAAGGCUCGCAUCCGUCAGGAUCAGAUCCAGGUCUUCGACAUGAUUUUCAUCUGUCGGGAUCCGAUGAAGGGCUUCAACAUGGGUCCCAUCUAUCAGGAUCGGAUGAGGGGCUCCAACAUGGGUUCUUCAAGCCGUCAGCGAUGCCUCCUGCAACGUCGCCGAAGAUCGAAUUGAGCGGCGAGGGAAAAUCAAUUCACGAGCUGCAAAGUCUAUCGCGUUCACCAGGAUACCAACGCCAUCACUAUUCGGACUCACAGUCCCCAGACUUGCAGUCGCGGGAUCAUGUAUCGUAUGAGCUGGCAUAG